CUUUUUGCCCUAAGCCGGGCUUUGGACUACAUUUCCCAGAUGGCUUUGCUUCCCGGCCUGUGCUACUUUAUCAGGGCGUGUCUUGGAAGAGAAGCCCUGUCCCCUAGCUACGCUGGGACCUCUCGCUGCGCUUCAGCAGCCGCAGCUGCCUCUCGGCAAGAUGAUUGGGGUCCUGCUCCUGCUCCUUCUUCUCCCUUUGCUCCUGUACAUCGCUGUACCCCAAAUCAGGAAAAUGCUGUCCAGCGGGGUGUGUACAUCAACCGUCCAGCUUCCUGGGAAGGUCGCUGUGGUCACUGGAGCCAACACAGGCAUUGGGAAGGAGACGGCCAAAGAGCUGGCUAAAAGAGGAGCCCGUGUAUAUUUAGCCUGCCGGGAUGUGCAAAAGGGGGAAUCGGUGGCCAGAGAAAUCCAGAACAUGACAGGAAACCAACAGGUAUUGGUGCGGAAACUGGACCUGGCUGAUACUAAAUCUAUUCGAGCUUUUGCUAAGGGCUUCUUAGCAGAAGAAAAGCAUCUCCACAUUUUGAUCAACAAUGCAGGAGUGAUGAUGUGUCCUUACUCCAAGACAGCAGACGGCUUUGAGACGCACAUAGGAGUCAACCACUUAGGUCACUUCCUCCUGACCCAUCUGUUACUAGAGAAGCUGAAGGAAUCAGCCCCAUCAAGGGUAGUGAAUGUGUCUUCCUUAGCACAUCACAUGGGAAGGAUCCACUUCCAUAACCUGCAGGGUGAGAAGUUCUACCAUGCGGGUCUGGCCUACUGUAACAGCAAGUUAGCCAACAUUCUCUUCACCCAGGAACUGGCCCGGAGGCUAAAAGGCUCUGGCGUUACAACAUACUCAGUACACCCUGGUACAGUUAACUCUGAAUUGGUUCGGCACUCAUCCCUCAUGAGAUGGAUUUGGUGGCUUUUCUCCUUCUUCAUCAAGACCCCUCAGCAGGGAGCCCAGACCAGCCUGUACUGUGCCUUAACAGAAGGUCUUGAGGUUCUAAGUGGAAACCAUUUCAGUGACUGCCAUGUGGCAUGGGUCUCUGCCCAGGCUCGUAACGAGACAGUAGCAAGGCGGCUAUGGGAUGUCAGCUGUGACCUGCUGGGCAUCCCUAUGGAUUGACGGGUGAUGGCAGUUGGACCAAGAGAAGCCUGCAGCACACUACUUAGUACUCCCUGCCAAAAUGAUUCUCCUUCAGGAUGGCCAAAACCUUGAGCACAAAGACCGCAAACCUUCCAUCCUUGCCUGCUUGAUGUUGGAUAAAAGCCCAGUAUACACUGCCAGACUCAUCUAAACGCCUUGCAUUUGUCUAGAUUUAUUUUGUUCCUACUACUGCCAGAGUUACCAGAGAUAAUGUAGGAUAGGUAGACCCUCAUGUGACCGCCACCAUAUGACCGCUUGUAUUUUCCCUCUGAAACCUACUACCUAGGAGAGCCUAAGCUAUGGCAGGGUUGAUUUACAGCACUUUAGAUUUGUUUCUAUCCUUCUUGUCCACAAUGUAGUUCCUCCCAACCAAACAACCUUCAAAGGGGCCAUGCUGCAGCCUCAGCUAAGCUCCAGGAGUCACAGUGGCUUGGCUCAAGAGCAAGAUUUCUCCCUUAUCUCUUAAGAAAACCAUCAUGGCACCAACAUCUGGAGUCUUGAAAGAAACUCUUAACUGAAUCUGGGUUGUGGCAUGGCUUUAUCUCUGACACCGCUUUUAAGACACUUUCCCAUGCCUAGACCACAAAAGAGGUUCCUUUUCUAAGAAGGUAGUAGGGUUUAGGGGAUGGUAGGAAUUUGGGGGAAGGCAGAGAUAAAAAUCAAAUUGAAACUGUCAUUCAUUUUCCUAUUUCUCAAACCAGCAAGAGGGUGGUGGAAGAAGCAGUUUGCAAAGAUAUGCCACCUGACUUCAAUUACUGAAGGAGGCCUCAUUUUUGUGCCUUAGUUUCUCUUAGAGAACCAGAAGACAGGAAAGGCUUUUUGAUGAUUGUCCCUGAGUGUAUCUUUGUGUGUGUUCUUUUAUAUUUACGCAGUUGGGAGCAUUCAAAAUAGCCACAAAGGAACAGUAUUAUACUGGAUCCUAGUGCAGGUAAAUGAUCAGAGACGGAUCAAAUCAGUGUCAUUCAGUCUUUGAUACAAAUGGGUAGAGCUACAAAUAGAAGUGAACUUUGUAUAUGCUCAGAACUACCAAUCAAGAAGCACAUGGGUAGCAUGGAAGAAAUCCAAAAAAGAAUCCUAGAAGAUACUGCAUGCAAAGGCAAUGAAGGGACUAAUUAAGGGUUUGUUUUUCAGUCCCAGGCCAGGGAUUGAAUCUGAACUGCAGCUGUGGCAACACUGGAUCCUUUAACCCACUGCGCCUGGCUGGGGAUAGAACCUGAGCUUCCACAGCAACCUAAACUACUGCAGUCAGGUUCUUAACCCACUGCGCCACAGCAGGAACUUCUUCAGCAAAAUAUUUUAAGGACUGAUGUUGGUAAUUACAGUCAAUUUAAAAAUUCUUUUAGGGCAUUUCCUUACAUUAUCUUGAGACUAAUGUCUACUGUACUUGCUAGAAAUCUACAUUUGGAGAACUUUUAUCAAAAGGAAUGCUGCUAAAGGAAGGCUGAGGAAUUGGUAAUAGUUCAUCCCCUGUUUUGAGUACAUACUUCUACUAGAGCUUGUGAUUUUCUUGGACUAACAUAUAUUCACUUAGGUGGAGAAAAGAGUGUAGGACCACAGUCUUCUCAUAUUUGUAAAUAAUCUUUUGUUGAACUUGUUUUGACCAUUAAACUAGACAUAGUUAUUUUACGGAAAAAUUGGAAAACUUUUCAUAAUAGUGUGGAACUGAAUAUUUAAUGUAUAUUGAACUGUCAAUCACAAAUAAAAACUUUUGAUUAUG